AUGCCUGGGAUACUACCCAUGAAAGUGAUCAAGGUCGGCUCAAGCUGCCAGAGCCGCAUCGCCCAAGCCUGCGACCGAUGCCGCUCAAAGAAAAUACGGUGCGACGGCAUCCGCCCCAGCUGCACGCAAUGCACAAAUGUCGGAUUCGAGUGCAAGACGAGUGACAAGCUCAGCCGCCGUGCAUUCCCCAGAGGAUACACUGAGUCGUUGGAAGAGCGAGUACGGGUACUGGAAGCAGAGGUCCGCGACCUGAAGGAUCUACUUGACGAAAAGGACGAGAAGAUUGACAUGUUAUCACGCAUGCACGCGCGCUCUCCAACAGCGUUCCCUACUGCCAGGCGACCCUCGAUGCAUUCACCGGGAUCCUCGGAAGUUCGAGAGGAAUCACAAGAAAAAGACGACACAUUCAAGGUGCAGCAGGCACCGCUGCUACUUGACGACCUGAACAGAGAUUCGUAUUUCGUGGGCAGCUCGAGUGGAAGAACACUUGUUGAGGCGUUCAAGCAAAAAGCACAGGAGACGGGUAGACUAUCCACCGACAUCAACUCGAGUGCUUUCUUCGGCGCUGGAGCGCGACAAGCUUCUACUCUUUCUAAGCAAAUCGUUUCCUUCAAGGCUCCUCCACGUCUGGUCUCGGAUCAGAUGAUCAACAUUUUCUUCCAAGAAUGGGCACCUCUGUUUCCGAUUCUCCAUCGCCCCACUUUCUUGUCGCUCUACGAACAGUAUGUGGCCAGUCCCGAUACCAUGAGUGACAAGAAGUCGAUUGCACAACUCAACUUGGUUUUCGGAAUUGCCGCGCUGUCUAGCGAUCCCCGCGACGGACAAGAUGUCGAGUCCUUCGAGACUCAAUGGCAGAGCGCUAUUGAGAGCUUCUUGAUGGAGAAUGACGUCGCAACGCUGCAAAGUCUCGUCCUUGCCCAGAUCUUCUGUCUGCUUAGGGCCGACUAUUCCCGCGUGCUCAAGUACAAGGGACUGGCCGUCGGCCUGUCGCAACGUCUUGGCUUGCAUCAGUCACAGAAGCGCUUCGCGCUCGAUGCACUGACGAGUGAAACACGAAAGAAGCUGUUCUGGUCGCUGUACACGGUCGACUGUCUCUCCGCUGCACACCUCGGGCUACCGAAGCUAAUCCGCGAGGAAGAUGUGCACUGCGAGUAUCCGGUAGAUGCCGACGAUGAAUACGUCACCGAGAAGGGGUUCCUGCCGACCCUGCCCGGCGAGUACACUAAGCUCUCCAGCGCACUAGCUCUCUUCCGCCUGUCACGCAUCUUGUCUAAGGUCCUAACGGAGCUCUACCCCGGAUCUGCAUCACAUGACAUCUCCUUCCGCACUAUUGCGUCGCUCUGCGAUGAGUUGGAAGACUGGCAGAGCAACCUUGCGCCGCACCUCAAGCUGACGUUUGCGCAAGACAAGCCAAGCACCAACGUCACAAGCAGCAGAUCCCCUGUUCUGUCUCUCGCCUACCAUCACAUCAGGGCGUUGGUUUACCGCCCAGCCGUUGUUGCUAAUCUUGGCGACAAGGGCUCGUCAGCCGUAGUAGCCGUUGGUGAUGCCUGCAAGCAUAUCGUGCAAAUUGUCGAACUUCUCGACGAGCGCAAGCUGAGCUUCUCUUUCUGCCUUAAUCGCAACGAGGUACUUGUGCAAGCUGGCUUUGGAUUGCUUUUCCAGACCCUGACGCUUGCUCGCGAGGGUAAGUUGAUCAAGGACAGCAACCGACUCGUAUGCUCCGUCAUGGAUAUGCUUGAGCGCGGAAAUGCUGCAGGCUAUGCCGAGUUCCGUCGUGUCGGUUGUGGCAUCGUGGCUGUUCCCCGUGUGGAGCAAAUGCCAGCCCCACCACUGUCACGACACAACUCAGAGAGCAACAUGGGAGCGCCUCUGGAUACCUUCCGCGCGACACAGAAAUCCCUCAAGGCUCUUGCCGCUCGCUUCUCACCAAGCGCCAUGAAGGCCGCUCGACUAGACCAAGAGCCUCGCCGCGCAACUCUGCCUGCUCUCUCGCCCAAUGUAGGCGUACAUGCCAAUCCUUCAUCGACAAGCUUAUCUUCCAUUCGAUCCGAGCCUCCUGUUGCCCGUUCGGAACCUACAUUGAGCCCAUUGUCACAUCGCGCAUCCUUCUCGAUGCCGAACAAACGUCGUCCAAGUCAACCAACACCACAGCAACAACAACAGGCGCAACGCAAUAUUGACUAUCUUUCGUUCGCCAGUGACCCACUAGCUGGCUAUGCACUACAAAACAACCAAGGUAUCAAGACCGAGGUUUCGUCAUCCGACUGGGAACGCCUCCUUUCUUCACUAGACAAUGGCCAGACAAACAUUUACGACACAAUUUACGGUGGACAACCAGCAGACGCCCUCGUCGACGUUGCCCCUCAGUCAGCCAGUACCGACAGCAAUGUCACUUGGUCACCAAACGUCUGGAACUGGGGCAGCUACAGCUCAGAGGCACCACCACCUCAAAGCGUCCUCAGUUUCAGUGAUGAGAGCUUGACCAGUGGAGAAGAGUUUAGUACCGGUGCAUGUGAAUAUGGUUCCACGCCCGGCAGCGAUAGACUCUACCCUGGUAUCAUGAUUCCAGGCGACUAUGACAGCACAGCAAAUCUUACGGGCCUGGAUACUACUUAUUGCGGGUUGUAA